AUGGCGGAAUCGGCCGCGGCCUCAGCGGCCAAACCCACGGUUAUCAUCGUCCACGGCGCAUGCACCGCCCUAUCCACUUCCAAGACUUCUCCCGCGCCCUGGGCGCGCACGGAUACCGAGUCGUGGCCCCGGCCCUUCCCUCCAUCGACAAGGCCCCUGGGGAGAUCACACCGGACAGCCAAGCCGAUAUUGCGGCCGGACCCCAACGACGUGAUCCUCGUGCCGCACUCCUACGGGGGCAUCCCCGCCUCGGGGGCCAUCCAGGACCUGGACCCGCGGUCAUGGGCCGCGGCGGGGAAGAGCACGAGCAUGCGCGCCAUCGCGGCCAUCACGUCCUUUAUCCUGCCCGAGGGCAUGACCCAUCCCGGGGACGUGCCGGCCGAGUCCGAGACGUACAGGACCGCAAAGAGCAAUCUGAAUGUGAUGAGCAUGGCCGCGCUGGUGGACCGGUGUCGGUUCUCGGCGUUUGAGGUCGUGCCGGUGCAUUUCCUGCUGGCGCGCGAGGACCAGGCCAUGAAGUUUGCGACGCAGGAGAGCGUGGUCCAGCGCAUCACGGACCGCGGGAGGGUCGUCCGCACCGAGGUGCUCGACGGGUGUAGCCACAGUCCGUUUUUGAGCCGCGUGGCGGAGACGGUGGCGAUUGUAAGGCGCAGUGCGGGCGAGGACAUAUAG